AUGGCUUCCGACCUGAAUAAUAAUCCAAUCAUCCCGGGCUUUGCGCCCGACCCCUCGAUCUGCCUAAUAGGCAAUACAUAUUUCUUAGUCAAUUCCAGUUUCCAUCUCUUUCCCGGUCUCCCCAUAUAUGCUUCUCCAGAUUUAAUUUCCUGGACUCAUAUCGGAAAUGCAAUUAACCGGCGCUCCCAACUCUCACUAUGCAAGGCAACCACUUGGGUCGCUCCUUGGGAAGAGGGCACGACUAUGGUGGCGACUGGUGGGUUGUAUGCCCCAACCAUCCGUCAUCAUAACGGUGUGAGCUAUAUCAUUUGCACAAACGUUAUUCACACUUCCAACAAGUUUGGCGACGAGCGCAGCGACCAGUUCAUCAUUCAUACCACCGAUAUUCUUUCAGGGAAAUGGUCUGAUCCAAUACCAUUCCAUUUUACGCCGGGGAUUGAUCCCUCCUUACUCUUUGACGACGACAAGGUGUACGUGCAGGUGUGCAAAGUCGGGCCAAAAUUCCAAAUCUUCAACUUUGAGAUUGAUAUCACCACGGGAAAAAUGUUGACCGAGCCUGCUCUUGUCUGGAAUGGAUGGGCAGGUAAUUUCACUGAAGGCCCGCAUGUCUAUAAAAAGGACAAUUGGUAUUAUCUCCUGUGUGCAGAGGGAGGUACGUUCCAGCAUCAUAUGCUGAGCAUCGCCCGAGCCAAGAGUGUCUGGGGUCCAUACGAGUCGUAUGCAGGAAAUCCACUAUACAGCGCGGACGGUACGGAUCAAUAUGUUCAAAACACUGGACAUGGUGACUUUUUUCAAGACAAAAGUGGUCAAUGGUGGGUGGUGAUGCUUGGCGUGAGAAUGGACGAGGGGCGAUCGAUCAUGGGACGAGAGAGCUUUCUGGCUGCAGUUAAUUGGCCUACCAACGAGUGGCCCAGCAUCAAUACUGUUGCCGCUCGCCGCGAACUACCAAAUUCCCCGGAGCAACCAAGAACAGAUCCAUUCAAUAUCUCUUUCACCACCUCAGCUGCAUGGGUCUACUUAAGAGAUCCCGUUCUGGGGGACUAUGACAUCCAAGAUAGCCAAAUCACAAUGCGAGCACGUCCAGCUGGCCUCGAUUCAGCCGAAGGGAUUGUGACCUUUGUUGGACAGCGGCAACGGCGACUUGUUGGAACGGCGAGCGUGAGCCUACAUCGUCCUGAACCUAGCCCGGCUGGUCAUGAUGGCCUCACCCAAGCCGGAUUGGCAUUCUACAAGGAUGAGCAUCGCUUCCUAUCGAUUGCGUACGACUUCCAGGCCAGCGAAGCGGUUUACAAAGGAUUGAAUCCGGCCAAAUUCUAUAAUUCCAAAAAGGUUCAACAUAUCAAAUUGCAGGAUACAAUUCAGUUCCAGAUCAGGUACAUGGAGCGCUCUCUAGGCUUCUUCAUAUUCGACUCUGCUGGCGAUUGGCAGUGCAUGGAGGAGGUAGACACUCAAAUGAUGACCGAUUUCGACUUCACUGGCCCGGUAAUAGGGAUCUUUGCGGUCGGCAAUGGAGGUGAAGCCCGAUUCGCCGAUUUCGAGGUUGAUACCUGA